AUGUCUAAAUAUUAUACUAAUCUUAAAGAGUUGCCUCCAGACCCAUUAUUUGGGUUAAAAGCUAGAUAUAAUGCAGAUGAUAGGAAGGAUAAGGUAGACUUGGGUAUUGGUGCAUACAGAGAUAACAAUGGUAAGCCUUGGAUUUUGCCUUCAGUUAGGAUUGCUGAGAAGGAGUUGAUCAAUUCUCCUGAUUAUAAUCACGAAUAUCUUUCCAUUAGUGGUUUUGAACCAUUCGUUAAUGAAAGUUCCAAGAUUUUGUUAGGUCCAGAUUCUGCUGUCUUGAAGGAGAACAGAAUUGUAUCGCAACAGUCCUUAAGUGGCACUGGAGCAUUGCAUUUGGCUGGUAAGUUUUUGAAGACAUUUUAUAAUGGAGAGCACACUAUUUACGUCUCAAAGCCUACCUGGGCAAAUCACAACCAAAUUUUUGAAAGUUUGGGAUUAACUGUUAAAACUUAUCCAUAUUGGAAUGCAGAAACUAAGUCUCUCGACAUAGACGGUUUCUUAUCUGCCAUUAAAUCUGCUCCUUCUGGCUCAAUUUUUUUGUUACACGCUUGUGCACAUAAUCCAACGGGUUUAGAUCCAACCAAAGAACAGUGGAAACAAAUAUUGGAUGAGAUUGCUUCGAAGAAUCAUCUUCCUUUGUUUGACUCGGCCUACCAAGGAUUUGCAAGUGGCAGUUUGGAUAAUGACGCGUACUCGAUUAGGUUAGCAGUCGAAUCAAAGAAGAUUGAUACGCCAAUUUUAAUUUGUCAAUCAUUUGCCAAAAAUGUUGGCAUGUACGGUGAAAGGGUUGGUGCUGUUCACGUUAUUUCUUCUGAAACUAACGAAUCUUUGAACAAAGCAAUAAAAUCUCAAUUAAACAAAGUCAUCAGGUCUGAAAUUUCCAACCCUCCUGCUUAUGGUUCAAAGAUUGUUUAUAAAAUUUUAUCGACUCCUGAACUUAAGAAACAGUGGGAACAGGAUCUCAUUACAAUGAGUUCUAGAAUUAAGGAUAUGAGAAAAGAAUUACGUGAUUUGUUGACCAAUACUUUGAAGACACCAGGCAAUUGGGAUCAUAUUACCAAUCAAUCUGGUAUGUUUUCAUUUACAGCUUUGAAACCAGAAAUGGUAGCAAGAUUAGAGAAGACUCACGGUGUUUACUUGGUGAGCUCUGGUAGAGCAUCCGUUGCGGGUUUGAAUGAAGGAAACAUUCAAAAAGUAGCUAAAGCUAUUGAUGAAGUUGUUCGUUAUUACGCGAAGGCAAAAUUAUAG